CCCCACCCUCACUUUUAGAAACUCUCCACCAAACCCUCUUUAGAUCUACCAGCAGAAACUACAUUGCUUCAUCCAAAAUUUUCUUAGUUCUCUUGUCUUCAUCAAAAUCUUCAGUAUAUAUCUCUCUAGCUUCAAACAUAACUUGUAUCACUCCCAACUCAAGCAUGAGACCUAAAACACAGAGUUCACUUAGCCUAAAGCUUCUUCUCAUAUGUGUUUUCAUAGCUUUCUUACUUCUAUUUGUGUUGAGAUCAAGAUUAGUAUCUUCCAACGAAAGUACAACUUCAUCUUCUGUUUCUUCAAUUUCUCAUGCUCUUUUACCAAGAUCCUCAUCUUCGUCCGAAGACAAGAAAACAAGAACUUGCUCAUCACCACAAUGUAAUAAAAUCCCAUCUUCAGUAGCCAAAUCCCUCAUUCACUACACAACCUCAACCAUCACCCCUCAACAAACACUCAAAGAGAUAUCAGUAACAUCCAAGAUUUUAGACAAGAAAUCUCCUUGCAAUUUCCUUGUCUUCGGUCUUGGCCAUGACAGCCUAAUGUGGCACACACUCAACUUUGGAGGGCGAACCAUCUUCCUCGAAGAAGAUGAAACUUGGAUAGAGCAAAUCAAGAAGAGAUUUCCCAUGUUAGAGUCUUAUCAUGUUACAUAUGAUAGUAAAGUGAAUGAAGCAAAUGUUUUAAUAGAAGCAGGGAAAGGACCAGAGUGUACAGCUAUAGCUGAUCCUAGAUAUUCGAUGUGCCAACUUGCCUUAAAAGGAUUGCCUAGUGAAAUUUAUGAUAUGAAGUGGGAUUUAAUAAUGGUGGAUGCUCCAACAGGCUAUUAUGAGGAUGCACCAGGGAGAAUGACUGCGAUAUAUACAGCAGGAAUGAUGGCAAGGAAUAGAGAAAAUGGAGAAACUCAUGUGUUUGUGCAUGAUGUCAAUAGGAAUAUAGAGGACAAGUUUUCUAGGGAAUUUUUGUGUGAUGGAUAUAUGAAGAAACAAGUUGGGAGAUUAAGGCAUUUUACUAUCCCUAGUCAUAAGAGCAACUUAGAUAUGCCCUUCUGCCCUUAGGUUUUCUUGAAAAUAUCUUCUUUAUUCUUUUAUUUUUAAUUUCAGUUUUCUUUCUUUAUUCUUUUCUUUUGGGUGAUUGAGCUGAUACUCCUGAUGGAUCUGAUGAGGAUAUUAUUUCUUUACUCCAAUACUAAGUCAUAUAUUUGUCA